CCAACUCAACCUAACAACGCUGCCUUUUCCUCACCAAAUAAUGGAACUUUCCCUCCACUAAUCUCCCUAACCCCCAGUGAGCAUCGGCCGUUUCAAUCUCUCGCUUUCUCGCUUUCUCGCUUUACCUUUCUCUCCUCUUCUUUUACCCUCCUUCCUUCACUUCCUCACUCCUAACUCCGUAUUCCUCCUCCCUUUGAAUUUCUUUCUCCUCGGAUCCUCGAUUCUACCCUCGAUUUCCUAUUGACCUUACUAUCCUUCCACAUUCCUCGUCAUCCCUCAAUUCCUCUGGAUUUACCAACCAUCCUAGGCUGUUUCAUCACCCGGAAUUCUUUCUUUCUCUACUCGUCAUUGUCUCUCCGUCUUUGUCCUCCACUUCUACAACCGUGCUCGACUCACUACUGGCUUCGACCCUCUUGCUUUCAAUCAGAGUUUACGCUUGAAUUCCCCCCCUCGUGAAGCGGCUUGUUACUUCUUCCCUGGUCCCGUCCAGCAAUCGAGACUAUUAAACUCCCCGUUCAUUGCGAGUCUAUCCUCGGGCGUGGUCGAGCACCGGCUUUCGCGCAAAACUGCUGGUGUCUUGGACCACGAGUCUAUUUGUUCGCCACGGCCCCCGAAAAUGACGAGCGGAAUCCCCAGAAAUCGAGUGCUACCGCUAUGAGUGAUGUUGAGACUGUCUCCUCCUUGCCAGCUACCCUGGAUGCCGGACAAAACGCUCUUGCGGUCAAGGUGAAUCACCAGUCUCCUCCCCCGGGCCCUCCAUCCCCCAAGAGGACUUCUCCACCCCGGGUUGUCAUUGGGAAUGGGAAGGUCGGCUCCGUAGGGGAGGUUGAUCCUGUUGCAGGGGAGGGCGAUGGGCCACCGAGCCCAAAGGCUGAUUCGGAGGCAGAAACCAUAAUACAAUCCGGUCGAGAGUCUUUGUCGCCCGAGAAAAGACGAAAAUACAUAAGACAUGAACCGAAACGACGUGAUGAUGGGAAUGAUCGAGUGGACGCGGUGGAAAAUGACCUUCCCCCUAACGGUUCGCAGGCGAGAAAACACAUGAAUGGUGAUUCCUUCAGCGAACGCGACCGUGAAUCGCGCCGUUUGAGCCCGUCGAGAAGAACCAAGUCCCCUCUAUCGACGGUAAAAUUAGAGAAACCCGAGGAUCCGCAUUCCGUUCCAAGGAGAUCUGAGCCGCCCCCUCCUGCUUUCACGGCACCCAAAAUCUCGAGGAAGCGGAGCUUCAGCGAGACAGUCGACAUCGAAGCUGGCCCGGGUCGUCACGGUCAAUCGGGUUCAGGCCGCGACAGGGAGCGGAAAGAUUUGAACGGUGUGGCCUUUGCUCGUCCUGCAUCUACCGAUCGUUCGAUAUCUCCCGUCCGGUCGUCUCACAAGCGAACGGCUUCGGGCCAGCAGCUGGGCGGAGGUGAUCUGCAGAGGAAGAAGAAGGCCCCCACGCCACUCAUCACCGGCUUCCAGAGACAAAGUUCGGAAGAUAGACAAUCGGUCUCGUCUUCCGCCAGCGGCUCUCCGUUGCCCAGUGCUCAGAUUCGCAAACUCGGUUCCGUCGAUGGGGCUUCGGCGUCCCCUGCCAGGCCAACAGGUUACAAGAAACAGCGCGAUCAGAAUGGUCGGACACGUCUGGCGCGCGCCUGCGCGGCCCAAGAAUUGGACGUGGCGAUAGCUAGACACGCAGAACGCCCAGAGGAUCUGAAUGUUGCCGACAACGCCGGUAAUACUCCCCUGCAGAUUGCGGCCCUCGAAGGCAGUGCCCCCAUCGUGAAAUUCCUUUUGAAUGCUGGCUGCGAGAUCGACACCAAGAAUAUCGACAAAGACACCCCGCUGAUCGAUGCCGUUGAAAAUGGACACCUGGAUGUUGUCAAGCUUUUACUGGAGGCAGGAGCGAACCCUCGCACCGUCAAUGCCGAGGGUGAUGAGCCGUACGACCUCGUUCCGUCCGACUCGGACGAUUACGAGGAGAUCAGACAAGUGCUGGAGGAAGCCAAGGCAUCUGUCCGGCCUGGCAGACGCUCGGAGGAGCGCACAGGAUCCGAAGCCAAAGAAGGCUCUUCUCGACGCAUUUCUGCCGAAAGUGCACGCGAUUCACCUCCUGCACACAGGCCGCGCAGCCCUCCGCUCAGCACCACAACCAAGCGCAAGACAGUCAGAAGCGAAGCCACUCGAAACGACUUGCUGUGGACAACCGCUACCCCGGAGAAUUUGCAAGCUUUCGCCGCCAAGGGCGAUUUCGUUGGGGUCGCCAACAUUCUCAACGUGGGCCAGAAGGCAGACACUGAAUCCAUGAUCGCUGCUGCCAAAGGUGGCCAUGACGAGGUGGUUUCCCUCCUGCUUGGCAUUGGUGAUGCGGACCCGGACCCUCCUCCAGUUCAAGACGGCUCUCAUAAACCCGGUUAUAAUACGCCCAUGCUCGCUGCGAUCGGUCGUGGUAAUCUCGAGGUUAUCCGAAUCUUGCUCAAUCAACGACAAUUCAACCCUACCCGACGGCUCUACCGGGACCGCACCUAUUUCGAGCUCUCUAGAGACCGCAGGGCCGACAACUGGGAGGAAGAAUUCGAUCUUCUCCGAGAUGCGUACGACAACUACAGUAGAGUGAAGAAGCAUCGCAAGCCUGACGGCCCAUCACCGCGACGACCGCGCGAUCGCGAUAUUGAGAAUAGACGCCCCGGGCGUCGUGAUUCCUUAUCCCCUGUCGCUCGCCCUCGGAAGCCCAUCUCGAGCCCAAACCAUCGGGAUUCCGCUUCCAAGGAUAUACUGUCGUCUAAGGAGAAACGCCGGGACAACAUGGCACAUGUCAAGGAGAAAUCUACCCACCCCAAACUUUCCCAUCGGUCCAGCGAUGGGCUAUCUAAUGGAGCUGACCCUGAUGGGCCUCGCGCUGAUCCAACUCGACCAAAGCAAUCCAUACCAGCCAAAGAUGGAGACGAGGCACCCAAAAGAAGACGGUUAAUUGCCGGACGACCCCCACAAGAUCGCGACCGCCGAAGACCUAGUUUGCCAUCGUCCGACUCUAUUUCGGGGCGGGAGGAGAGUUCCAAACGUGUCACGCAUCCCGACAGCAGCAGUGGCAGCAAGUCCGGAUUAAAGCGUGGACAUGGCAGUGCAAGCCCCGAAAGGCCGCGAUCCCGCGAUACAGAGCAUGAGAAGCAUCCCCGGGAGAUCCAGAAGAAGAAACGACGGGUGUUGUCUGAAGACGGGACACCCAAUCUUGCAAAUGGAGGCCUGAAGAAGAGCCAGUCGGUAGUAACAGAUCUCAAAUCAUCUCGCCAGAAGGACGACGACGAUCAUCACUCCGACCAUGGGUUGAACGCGCCACGGGAAUCAGAUGCACAAGCCCCGAAGCCAGUCGAACGGAAACCCGUUAAAGAAGAGCACGAAAAGCACGAGACCCAUGACCUGGAUGACAUCCCAAUGGAGGAUCCUGUGAGCGUAUCCGAGAAAGCCGAAGCACAGGCGGAAGCGGAAGCCCGGCGACAAAAGGAGGCACGCAUCGCGAAGCUGCUUGAGGAGGCGCGCCUUGCGGAAGCCGAAAAAGCUCGUCUGGAGAAGGAAGAGAAAGAGCGGGCAGCUCGUUUGGCUCAAGAGAAGGCAGAGAAGGCUGCGGAGGAGGAGCGCAAGCGGAAAGAGGCCGAAGAACGCCGAGCCAAGCUGGCCGAAGAGGAACGUCAGAAGCGCCUCGAGCAGGAACGAGCUCGGCUUGCCAAACUGCGCAGGGAGCAGGAAGAGCAAGAGCAACGGCGGCGAGACGCUCUACCUAGCAGACUUCGUGCUGCGGCCAAUCUGGUUGGGUCCAACGAUCCUCAGGCGAGAAGCCACAUGUGGUUGAGGAAAUUCAUGCCCGUGGUGACUGCGGAGACGAAGCAACUGGAUCCAUCCUGUUCACCCGAUGUCGCGGAGGAAAAAUGGAUACCAAACUAUCUAGUGGCACCGAUAUUAGCGACCAAUGACCUGCAACUUUCACAGUAUGCCGGCUGGGAGAAGCGCAACGCGACGCCGACUCAGCGAGGAAAUCUAUGGCGGGUUACCCGACGAAUGCUCGUGCAAGCGGAUGAGAUGGAGUUCUUGAGCUCGUCAUUCGGACAAGUCAUGCGGAGAGACAGCGAAGCACGUCCCAAAUACUUCGACAUGGAGCAUGUAUUCUGGGUUCGGCUCUCCGACUUCAUGGAUCUUGUUCCGCAUAUUCCCCAUCUGCAUGGACUGGAUAUUCAAUUCCUAAAGAUGCAUAUUGAUCGCGAACCAUCGGCGACACCUCCAUUUGAUCUACCGCAGCCCAAUGGGCAUGUCUCGGGACCUCUGCCCGUGGAAGAAGGGUUUCCCAACGGAAUUCAAGGCCUUACGAACGGCUAUGGUCAUGCGCGACCAAGUACAUACGUCUAAUGUUUGAUACUGAUACUGCAUCGUUUGUUACCUGGCGAUUUUGAGUACAACUGUACAGGCGGAAUUUCCUUGAUGUAUGACUAUGAUACCUCAGUUGAUGUGAUGUGUGACGUUUCCUCGAGUGUUCGGGUAUUUGGAUAGAGCAAGACUUUGAUAGUCUUUCAGUCUAGUCUUGAAAUUGUAGUCUUGUUGUAGACAUGGAGUAUACGUAGUUGCCGCCGGUCUCAACCUCGUUGAUCUUGGCUGGAAAUCAAUUGCCGGCCAAUAUGAACCGAGUAUCUUUGAGUUCGCAGGCAAGAAUCACGUGACCCGCUCCACGUGAGCGCCCAGUUACAUAAGCCGUAGGGCACACCACCGACGAUUUAGGCGAGAAAACCCGCGGA